GACUCGCUUGGCGCCGCGACCUCAUGUGGAACACCAUCCGCACGAGCCACAGCACACACUAGUCCUCCGGCCGAUGUUUUUUGCCUCUGCUGCGGAAAAAGCGCGAUGGAGACUCGGAUUGUGUCCGUUUGAACCACCGCGCCCCUUUUUCAGACAUCAACAUUCUCCACAGAAUAACAAUCAAACCGCUCGUUUUUGUCGAGACGUAUUAAAAACAGGGGCGGCGCGACGAUGUGGAUCCAGGUCCGCACCAUAGACGGGAAGGAGACCCGAACCGUGGACGAUCUCUCCAGGCUGACCAAAAUCGAGACCCUCCGCGUGAAAAUACGGGACAUCUUCAAUGUGAGCCCGCAACAACAGCGCCUCUUCUACCGGGGCAAACAGAUGGAAGAUGGCCAGACACUAUUUGACUACAACGUGGGUCUCAAUGAUAUCGUCCAGCUGCUGAUUCGCUCACAAACAGAUCCUCCGGACAGCCCCCUGGCCAAGGAGCCCCCCAGCGUGGCGUGCACUUCCACCCCUGCCCCGGCCUCCGCGGUCCCUCGGGCCGAAAGCCCCGACCGCCCCGCUCCGGUCUCCCCUGCUGCUAUGGAAACUUCCCCCGAUAAAGACAAUGACCGCAGCGACACGGCCGAGACUGCCGACGAGAGUAAGCCGGACGCCAUUGCCCCUAAUAACUCAGCUAGCACCAAAAAUGGCAUCAAGCCUCCGAGUCCCCCGCGCGACACCCAACCGCCGACAUCCAGCAAGAACACGCUAGUGGACCCGGGAAUCGGGAAGUACAAAAUCAAUGAGCUAGUAGACUGCAGGGACGUGACCGUGGGCGCCUGGUUUGAAGCCUGUGUAGAAAACGUGACCCGCGCCCCAAAAGGACCCAUCAAGAACAAGGUGGGACGGCCCCCUAAAAGGACUAAUGGAAAGCUGGAGGGCGAGCAGGGGCAGCAGCCCCUCGGCCCGGGCCAAAGCACGGACACUGUCAGGAAUAACGCGUUAAAUUCCGAGAGCAACGGAGCUUCCACAUCGCAGACGGACUCCGCUGAAGAGGACGUCGUCUAUCACAUUAAAUAUGAGGACUACCCCGAGAAUGGUCUGGUGGAGAUGCGAGCGGUCAACAUACGGCCCCGUGCCCGCACCCUGCUGCGCUGGGACCAACUCAUGGUGGGCAUGCAUGUGUUUGUCAACUACAACAUGGAGACGCCAGAGGAGAGGGGCUUCUGGUUCGACGCGGAAAUCCAGACCCUCAAUCAGGCCUCUCGCACCAACAAGGAGCUCCGAGUCAAGAUUCUUCUGGGGGGUCCCGGCGAUGUAAUUGGGGAUUGCAAAAUUCACUUCUUGGAUGAAAUCUACCAGCUGGAGAAACCAGGGGCUUCGGCGUUGUCAGCUGCAGAUGGACAAUUUAAAAGAAAGAGCGGGCCAGAGUGCAAACACUGCAAAGCCGAUCCGGACGCCGAGUGCCGCUUCUGCUCAUGCUGCGUGUGCGGCGGCAAGCAGGAUGCUCACAUGCAGCUGCUUUGCGACGAGUGCAACAUGGCCUUCCACAUCUACUGCCUCAACCCGCCCCUGGCCACUAUCCCCGAUGACGAGGACUGGUACUGUCCCACCUGUAAGAAUGACACAAGCGAAGUGGUCAAGGCCGGGGAAAAGCUCAAGGCCAGCAAGAAGAGAGCCAAAAUGCCAUCAGCCACGACCGAGAGUCAACGAGACUGGGGCAAGGGCAUGGCCUGCGUGGGACGUACCAAGGAGUGCACCAUCGUUCCCUCCAACCACUACGGACCCAUUCCCGGCGUUCCCGUCGGAACCACGUGGAAAUUCCGAGUUCAGGUGAGCGAGGCAGGCGUUCACAGGCCGCACGUCGGCGGCAUUCACGGUCGCAGUAACGACGGGUCCUACUCGCUGGUGUUGGCGGGGGGCUUCGAGGAUGAAGUGGACCGGGGGGAUGAAUUCACAUACACGGGCAGCGGAGGUCGUGACCUCUCGGGAAACAAACGCAUUGGAGAGCACUCGUUUGACCAGACGUUGACCCACAUGAACAGAGCUUUGGCGCUGAACUGCGAUGCCCCGCUCAACGACAAAGACGGAGCCGAGUCCCGGAACUGGCGGGCCGGGAAGCCGGUGAGAGUGGUGCGCAGCUCCAAAGGUCGCCGCAUCAGCAAAUAUGCCCCCGAGGAGGGAAACCGCUACGACGGCAUCUACAAGGUGGUGAAAUAUUGGCCGGAAAUCGGCAAGUGCGGCUACUUGGUGUGGAGGUACCUGCUCAGACGGGACGAUCUGGAACCAGCACCCUGGACCCCAGAAGGACUGGAGAGGAUCAAAAAAUUGGGUCUAAUGAUCCAGUACCCACCAGGCUAUCAGGCGGUCAUGGCGAACAAGUCAAAGAAGGAGGCCGUCGCGCGGCCCGGUCGCGGCGGGCGGAGUAAGCACCACUCCGGGCGGGGGCGAGGUAGGGGGAGGGGGAGGGGUCGGCCGCGGAAGGAACAUAAGAUGGAGAAGGCGGCGGAAGAGGAGGACGAAGAGUACGAGCAUCUGAUGGCCGCCGUGGAAGAGGACGAGGAGGAGGCGCCGCAGAGUAACGGCAAUCAGAAAACCAGCAAGGACUCUGAUUGGUCACCAGCGUCUGAGCCUCCCUUAAAGCGCGUGAAGGUGGAGGAGGCGUUCGUUCUGUCGGAGCAGCAGCAGCAGUUGAUCGGAGAGGACACGGCCAACAAGAAGUUGUGGGACGAGGCCCUGGGACACCUUACAGAGGGACCAAACUUCCUGCGCAAGAUGGAACAAAUCUUCAUGUGCGUCUGCUGCCAGGAGCUGGCCUUCCAGCCCGUCACCACCGUCUGCUCGCACAACGUUUGCAAGACGUGCCUCCAGCGCUCGUUCCGGGCCGAGGUGUACACUUGCCCCGCCUGCCGCCACGACCUGGGCAAGGACUACGUCAUGACACAAAACAAGACUCUACAGGUUCUGCUGGACCAGUUCUUUCCCGGCUACACAAAAGGCCGAUGAGAUUCCGGUCACUGUAAACCAGAAGGCGUGUAUACACACACACACGCACAUACAUACACACACACACACACACACCUACAUCCAGUAAACUGUUGAGAGCUCCACUUUAAAGAUGCAUUGCACUUCUUUCUCCCAAUGGGCAAAUGUAUAGUGCGUCACACAGCCAUUUCACGUAUACAAUCAUUGAGCACACAAAGCACCUCAGUAGGUUCCGACCUCAUCCGUUUUCUCCAUAAACCUCACCAGCCUGAGAUUUUACAACCAAGGACUUGAACGCACGUACGCACACAAUCGCAAGCCCACCCACACACGCACACACUUAGAUACUCUACAACUAUACUACAAUAAUACUCGACUGCAGAGUAUGUGGAAUUUUUUGGGAGGGAGGUGUUCAGUCGAGCGAAGGCCACUAUUUGAGGAAAUUUGGUACGUGUCUUCUGCCUGCCAACCUGCAUUUAUGUGUACCAUCCAUGGAGCGCCCACGCACUUUGACCAUAAUGACACAGCUCAGAUAACGGAACCCGUUGAUAUUGAUGUGUCUUUGGCGAGACCCCCGUUUGACACAUCUUGAUGUCUUUUUAACUAGACACCCAAUUAAUGUGUGUCAUCAUUUUUUUCUCUGUGUGCCUGGGUCGACAUUUGUUUGUAGACGCACCCAAUUGAUCUUGGCUGUUAUGCCCAACUGUUUUGGCGGGUGUCUUUGGUGACAACCUUCCUGUGUCUUUGACAAUAUUCCCUUCUCUUGCGUCUUAAAUGAUGCAGACUAUGAACAUCCUUGAUGAUAUGCCCAAUUGAUGUAUCUUGUGUGAUACGCCCGGUUGACAUAUUUGAUGCGUCUUUGACGACACACCCCAUUUGAUGGGUCUACCCUCGUUGACCUUGAUUUUAAUUUUUCAGUAAACCCCCCACCCCCCCAACUAACUAUAAUGCAUUUUAGUGACCCCCUAAAGAGAUAACAAGCAUUUAUAUACAAGUAAAAUGUUGAGGAAGCACUUGUUUGUCGCGUCAUGCUAACUGCGUCAUGCUAGCUGCUAAUAAGCUUGCAUACGUCGUAAAAACAUCAGCAUGGAGCAACGAAGGCCGUUCAGCAGGGGCUUAUAAACAUUUCACGGAGAUGAGUAGCAGUCCUCCUGGAUAGCCAAACUGCCUUGAAUUAUAACUCAAGGCCACUUUUGUUGCUAGGCAACCCAGAUAAAGCAGGCACAGUGGAGGCUGAUGGUAUCACUGCAUUUGAGGAAAUGUCAAUUUAUUUUGACAAUUUGUUUUUGCACUGCUAAAAUGGCAACUUGUCUUUUACUGUAUGCCACAAUCGACUGGAAAUAUUGCAUUUUUUUUUCUCUCUCUCCAGAAGUUGACUUUUCAAAUAGUUUCCAGUUUCCUCCCUGGUGUGGUGCAUUCAAAUGUUGACGGUUGGCAGAGUUUCAAACGUUCACCUCCUUACUGAUCACGUGACACGUUUUCUAGUCAUGCAAUAUAUAUUUUUUUCCCCCCCUGGUGGGCUUGUCACGUAUGUGCUGACGUCGUCCUCGCUUCUGUUCAUUCAGGUUUUUGUUUGUUGUUGUUGUCGUUUUUUCAUAACAUGCAAUUCUAAAUGGUCUUUUUAAGGCGAACUGUGAUGUGCAUUAAUGAUUCGUUUUGUUUGUGGCAAACUAAAUAGCGCUCCUUCCUGCAGUGGCUUCCUUCCUUCCGUAUGUGAACCUACAGUGCUAAAAAAAAAACCUUUUUAGACGUCUUGUUGACGCUUGGCUUUAGUGCUGUGUCGUUUCUUUCUCUUUUUAAUGACUAUUGCACUCUACUGAAGAAUCAAGUCACUUUUCUUUUCGGUAAGUCUUCAACAAUAUCUGAUCUUUCUCUCCAUAGGUUUUUAGUUGCGUUCCCUCCAACUUAAUCUUUCUUUUGCUGAGCGCAUUCGCCUGUUUGAUGAGGGGUUCCAUUGUUUCUUGUUUUAUACAUGUCAUAAUACUUAUGUACCUAUUAAAUAUUUGGAUUCGAGAAAGCGUUCUUUCUUUGAUGAGGAUUUGCAGACUGUCAUAUUUUACAAUUACUGUUCCAAUUAUAAACUUCAAGCAACUAAUACACAAAUAUUGAUAAAUGCUCGAUGGGCCAGAAGUGUUCCAUCAAUAUUUAAAUGUGAGGUCUAAAUGAAAAGCAGUCACUCAAAUGAACCAAUGGAAUAGAUUUGGGGAUUUUGUUUUAUUAUAAGAGAAGUACAAUAGGUACAGUUGCACUGUUUGCCAGGUGAACAUUUAACAAAACAGGAAUGCAGAUGCAAAGUCCGUCAAAUCAUAACAUCACAGCUUUUUGUGCCCCUCAUACCAUCCACAAAUCAAAAUAUGAAUAUACUGUAAUGAGAUAUACAUCAGAACAAAGCAUAAAAUAAAAUAAAAUAAGGCCCUUUAAGUAAUCCACUUUACAUGCUCAAAACGCCUUCACUGAAAUGGUGCGGCUAUUAAGUACCAAUAAAUGGGGUUUUAAACAAAUAGAUAUUAGUGCUACACCAAU